GAGCCACAAAAAGAAAGCAUUGAAGCCCACUACGCCAGCCGCCAAAGGAACCAGGGGGGAAAAUAUCCCCAAUUCCCCGUUGUCCCAUUCUUCCCCGGCAACCUAGCUCGGCGACGGCGGCCGGCGGCCGGCGCGGGCGUGCAGCGUCGCGGCGUUAAGUUCAAGCGAGCAGCGUGCCAGCGGCAGGGCGUCGCUGUGCCGCGCUGCAGCCGCGCGGCAGGGACGGCGCGAAAGCUGAAGCUAAGCGCAGACUGAGGUCCGAACAGCACUAGGAUUAAGCGACAGUUCUUCAGAUUUCACCUUAUUCGGUUCUGCUCUGCCACUGGCCGCAGUCAUGUCCUCUUCGUCAUCUUUCCCCGGCUCCCGCUUCCCCUUCGCCGCCGGUGGCGCCGGUGCUGGAGCCUCCGGUGGAGGCGGAGGCGGCGGCAGUGGGAGCAGCGUGCGGCCCUGGGGGUCGAGCGGAGGGACGUCGGUCUCGUCGUCGGGGAAGCGGAUACAGAAGGAGCUGCUGGACCUCAACGCUUCCGACUGCUCCGCCGGUCCCAAGGGCGACAACCUCUACCACUGGCUCUCCACCAUCAUUGGACCCCAAGGGUCACCAUAUGAAGGAGGGAUAUUUUUCCUUGAUGUCGUUUUCCCACUUGAUUAUCCUUUCAAACCUCCUAUGGUGACUUUCAAAACAAGGAUUUACCACUGCAACGUUGAUUCCACUGGGGCAGUGAGUUUGGAAAUUUUGAAGGAUGGCUGGAGUCCAGCUUUAACUAUUUCAAAGGUGCUACUGGCGAUCAAAGCCAUCAUCACAAAUCCGGAUCCAUACAACCCACUUGUGGAGAGCAUUGCACGUCUGUACCUGACUGAUAGAGCUAAGCAUGAUGAAAUAGCUGCUGAAUGGACAUUGAGGUUUGCAAGAUAGGGAGUCCUUUGUGCGACGUGAAUUUUUGGGACAUGCAGCCACGCGCUGCCGAAAUCCUGGAUGUCCGUCUGCGCAUCAUGAUUACUACUUUUUAUAGCCUGUUUGCAAUACGCGACACGUUAAUCACCAGCUUUCGCGAAUACCACGUGGUAUACGCCACAUCAAUGGCCUAGGCGUCAUUCAAUUCUUAGUAUGAAUACAAGGCCCACGUGAUGGCUCGGGCGAUGGAAUAACUGCUCUCGUUGCUGGGUGGAUGUAAUUGAGCUCUCGCACUACUUAUAAGUAGAAAACAUUUGAUCCUGAUGAAAACGGGCCAGAUCCUCUGCUGUAACUGUAUCACAUUUAUGGCCAUUGUCGUGUAGUCUGGA